GUUCCGUAUGGUACUUUUAUUGCAAAUUUCAUAACAUAAAAAUAAUACGACAGAAAUGGGAUGGGACCAUGGCUAGCAAAGAUGUGAGAAUAACGGAAAGUUUGCGAAUUAAGAUAGGUGAAGCCAAAAACCUUCCAUUUUCCCAAAACGGAUUGAAGAGCACAUUUUGUUCCUUGAAUUUGGAUCGGGAGGAGAUUUACAGAACUGCAGCUGUGGAAAAGUCUGUCAAUCCAUUUUAUGGUGAAGAAUUCUUUGGAGAGAUCCCGCGACAGUUUCGCUACCUGUCCUGCUAUGUUUACGAAAAGCCAGACAAGGUGAUAGGGAAGGUGUCAAUACGGAGGCGAGAACUGGGGAAGUACCACAACAAGGAGCACUGGUUCCCUAUCACAUCGCUGGGAGCCAGCACUGAAGUACAGGGGAAGGUACACCUGGAGCUUAAGUUUGAGGAAUGUCUGAAUGGACACCCAGACAACACUGUCUCCCAUAGGCUGGUGGUCAGGGUUGUAGAGUGUAGUGACCUUCCAGUGACCAAUGGAGCGUGUAACCCCUAUGCUGUGGUGACCUUGACCUAUGGUAAGGUCAAGAAUCGGGAAGAGGUCAAGAGGACAAACCUCCGGAAGAAGACAAUCUGUCCCCAAUUUGAUGAGGCUUUCUUCUUUGAUCUUGAGAACAAAUGUCAGAACCAUGACCGGAACUUAUACACGAUCGAGGACGUGUUCAGCGGAGAGCUGCGAGUCUCAUUAUGGCACAAGGAGUCCCGUGUAGCGCGGGAGGUCCUAGGGGGCAUGUUCCCGGGGGUCUUUCUUGGGGAGGUGAAAAUACCGCUCCGCGAUGUGGGGAAUAGCGAUACACAAAACUCAUGGUAUUUUCUGCGCCCCCAGUUUCAGCUGAAGCAGUCAGGUACGGAGCUGGGCUCCUUGAGACUGAAGAUCUGUUACAGUACGGAACAUGUGUUUGCCUCACAUCACUAUGAUGACCUACGAAACCUGCUGCUACAGUCCUCCGACGUCGAGCCAAUCAGUUCAAGUGCAGCUUAUAUUCUUGCACGGGUGUCUGACAAUCUACAGGACGCAGCGCAGCCACUGGUGAACAUAUUCCUACACCAUGGAAAACUAGUUCACAUCAUCCAGUCUCUAGCAGCGUACGAAAUUGAGAAAACAUCUGACCCAAACACGCUGUUCCGAGGUAACACACUGCUUACAAAGAUGGUGGACGCUCUCAUGAAGUUGGUUGGCCUACCAUAUCUCGCCUACCUCAUUAAACCAACCAUUGAUCAGAUCUGUAUGGACCAUGUAUCAUGUGAGAUAGACCCUGCCCGGCUACCCGAGGGUGAGAACGUGAACACCAACAUGGAGGCGCUUGGUAGCUACGUGCAGCAGAUAUUCGAAGCCAUCACAGGCUCUGGGCUCAUGUGCCCAAAACCAAUGUGUGAGGUGUUCACCACUCUAAAACAGGCCGCUUGCAGGCACUUUCCAGACAAGACGUCUGUCCGGUACCAGGUGGUCAGUGGGUUUGUGUUCCUCAGAUUUUUUGCUCCAGCCAUUCUGGGACCAAGAUUCUUCGACAUUCCAUCCGACACACAGGAUGCUGGCAUUUCCAGAACAUUGACACUCAUUUCCAAGACCAUCCAGGGACUAGGAAAUUUGGUCAGCUCAAAAUCGUGGUCAUGUGGUCUGAAAGAGGACUACAUGGUUCCCCUGUUUGACCUGUUCUCGGACGAGAGACAUACGGACGCUCUCCGUACGUACCUAGAUGUGAUAUCGACGUCUGUACAGAAUGAACAGGAGACGUGGGGCAGUCAGGAUAUGCCUGUGUUACUCAAGGACGGAAUACUGAUCAAAAGAGCUCAAGGUCGGAAGAGGUUCGGCAUGAAGAAUUUCAAGCAGCGAUACUUCUGUUUGACAAACAAGUCCCUGAGUUACUUCAAGUGUAAGGGAGCCCUACAGCUGUGUGAGAUACCCCUGUGUAACAUUCUGGCCGUGGAGAAACUGGAGGAGAGGUCCUUCAAGAUGAAAUAUAUGUUCCAAAUCAUCCAGCCAACCAGAGCUCUCUAUGUUCAGGCUAGCAACUGUAUAGAUGAAAAGGAAUGGCUCGAUGUUUUGACCAAAGUGAGUCUGAGUAACCAGGACCGACUGAGGCUCUACCAUCCUGCGGCUUUCAUCAACGGACACUGGCUUUGUUGUGAGGGUGUUGAUCAACACAGUGAAGGGUGUACACCCGUAUCUGGCAGUGUGCCUAUAACCAACCUGCCCCUGGAUAUUGACAGUGACAGGCAGAUGGAGAAGAUUCAUGCUCUCUUUCUGGCACACAUGGAUAAACUGGAGGCCAUGCAAGAUGCGUGCGGUGCCCUAGAAGUGUAUGCAGGAGGCAAGUUCUCCGUUCCGGUGGAGAUAGAGGAUUCCAAGUCAUGUUUCGAAAUGCUCAACGAAAUCUUCCGCUGUGUGGUCGGGCUGGAGCAGGCGCACCUUCAGUACAGGAAGAACGUGCAGCGGGAACACAAACAAGGCUCAUUUGAAAGCCCUAUUGGAGAUGACAGUAUUUUGAGUGCAGGAGGAGUCACAAAGUUGUAGCUGUGUUUACGUUACUUGUUGGUGCUACAGAGCUGGACUGUAAAUAAUGGCAUUACUUUAGAAAGUCUCAAAUUAGAAUUCCUUCUUUCUUUCAUUGUGUUUUUGUCCUUUUUGAUAGAUGCCUUUUAUACUGUUGUCACAAGUAGUUCAAUAUGUGAUAGUGGUUUUAUUAGCUUGUUUAUUUUUGGAAGAUAAAAAAAGAGAUAUUGUGAUAUCCUUCGUGUCGUCAUCAGCAUCAUGCAAUUCCUUUAAGCUCGACCAUAAUUAAAAGAAAAAAACAUUACAGAUCUUGAAAUGAAACUUGGAACAUAUGUUGCAAAAUGCACUACACAUAUGUAAAACAAGGCUAUUAACUUUGGCAAUAUUCAUUGUCGAAUUAUGCCCGUUAUUCACCUAAAAAAGGAAAACGAACAUUGGUGUCGGCGGUGCGGCCAUCUUGUUUUUCUUUUGAUAAUGCUCUGAUAACAGACUGUCAGAGGAUUUUAUUCAUGUUGGCAUGUGAUUCUUUAAGUAAUAAUAUAGAAUUUAAAAUGAGUAUGUUUAUAAAUCCAGAUUACUAGUUUUACGAAGUAUAUAUUUUAUCUUCUUUUAGAAGUUCCGAAGCUGUAUUCACUAAUGUAGAAUUUCAGAGGUGGUAUUUAGUAGUAGUUUUUAAAGAAUCGACCAAAUUCUACUGUAGAAAAUAUGCAGUUGUUCUCUCCAGAAUAUGAUUAAAAUGUUGCAUUUGUAUGAUCGAUUGUUUUAAUGGAUGGAAAUGAAUUUAAUUGUUUCAGGUUCGUUUUUUCCCUCUGUACUAAACAUGGUAUAAAGAGUUUAUACUUAUUUUCCUUCGUAUCCAAGCAUAUUAUCUACAGUUAAAUUUGGCGAGAACGUUGUAGCUUGUCUGAUUCAACUAAUGGGCCUAAAGAGUGAACAAAGUUAAUGAUUUAUGACCAUUAGAUGUUGACUUCUGUUUCAUAUUUAAUACCACCAGCCAACACUAUUUCUGAUGUCUGCUCAAGAGUUGCAUAAUUAUGAAAGCUUUAUGAAAUUAAUUUAAUAAUUUUCUCUUGGUGGAGAGUUUCUUCACUUCCUGUUAACAGAAGAACAGCCUUAUUCCUCAUAUGAAUCAGUUAUGAAGUAUCAUUUAACAAAAAUACAAAUAAUCUACAAAUAAUCUAUGAUUUAUCAGUAGGAUCUAAUAUAAUCUGUAUAUUUUCCAUAGUUGUCAAAUUAUACUAAAACAAACAAUACCAGUGCCAACCACAGAAUGUCGACAUUCACUGUGGCGCUGCUCUUGUUUUAAAUGCCUUUGCUUGCAAAUUGCCAAUGGCCUCUUUUACAUUGAUUUUAUUGUUGUGUUCAGAGAUAUAUUACCUCAUUUAUUGGAUGCCAUGGAGCGUGCAAUGUUGGGGAGAAACUGUGCAGAUACAUGUAUCAUGUUGUCACUAAACCCAUCCUCAUUCUGUGUUCUCAAAAUUUGUUUUUUGCUUGAUUUUGUAUUGUAUUACAGAUAUUUAUCCAUGUGAUUAAAUUCUUGAGUGUAAAAUAAACUUAUACCACAGGGGGUCUUAUCAUUAUCAAUCCUAGGAGCGAUUCCGUAUGUAGGUGGGAUUUCAAUUUUUACUGUACGUUUCUAAAUCAGUCCAAGGAAUGAUAUCGCUCCUAGAAUUUUUAAUAAAAUGGUCCCCUGGUAAACUUCACUUCUGUUCUUGUGUUACCUGUUUAACUAGUCAUACUCACAUGUGUUCAUUUUGUUAACAUGGAUAUACAUGUAGGUACUGUAUGAAAAUAAAAAAAUGAUUAUUUUUCAAUACCAUUUACAGUCAUUUUGAAUGACCCUUUUCAGUGCUAAAAUAUUCUCAUUACCGGUAAACUAAAACUCUUCUUUUUUUUUAAGUUUUAUAGCCAAUUGUUUUUAGAGAUUAACGAAACUGGGCAAGUAUUUAAAAAACAUCUUAACUCAUUUCCUAACUUAAGUCAAUUUCUUAAGCAUCUCCGUUAUGAUAGAAUAUAAUUGCUUUAGAAUACCUGAGAUACUUUAAUUUCAUUGAUUUUGAUUCAAAAUACAUAUUUUUAUGUAAAAAUUUUUUUAUUCUUUUCUUUUAACUUGACUACACAAAUUUAAGGAAAUUGACUUGAGUUAAGAAAUGACUUGAGAUAUUUUAUUAAUUCCACCAGUGAGUUUUAAAUUAGUGUGCUUUAUAUUGAACUUUCGUAGUGUUUGUUAAACCUUAAAUAGUUUAAUGUUUUCUUCUUAAAUUUUACGUUAACCAUUGCCCAUGCUGGGUAAUGGAUGUUAGCAUGAUUUCUUUUACUGUCGGAUUUAAGGGCUAUUCCAUUUAAACAUAUAACCCCGGGGGGGGGGGGGGGGGGGGAGGCACUUUAAAAUAAUGCAACUCCCCUACAGAAGCAAAUUUACCCUUAUGGGGUCAAAAUUAGGGAAAAAAGACACCAACCUAUAUACUAUUUAAAUAAUUGCCUUUCCACCGUGGGUUUUAUGUGUACUGGAAUAGCCCUAAUUAUGUUCAAUUUGCUCGUUGUGUUAUUAUUAUCAGGGGUUCUAAAGUUCAGUAUCAAUCAUAAAAUUAGGAUUAAGAGUUUAUAAUUUCAGACAAUGGUACAGGUGUAAUGAUUGUCUUUUGCUUGACAUCUGCCUAAAAUACAGUAUGAAGUACCUUGAAAUGAAUACAUUAACUUUUGAUGACCUUUACCCUGCCUCGGGCUUUAAAACCUUUUAUGCACAAGACAAUUGUAUUCAUGCCCCCCCCUCCCCCCCAGGUCCAGGGGUAUACUGGGGAUAGCUGGGAAAAUUGGCUGUGUUUUUACCUUAUGUGUGGCCCAGCAGUGCAGGGUGAAUGCGGUGGUUUUGUCUUAGUGCUUAAAACAGUGGGAAAUGGGCCUUACUUAGGGUCCCUGGAUUUUACCCAGCUUGGCUGGACCGAAAGUCAAAGACCCCGCUUCUCCCCGGACCUGGGGGGGGGGGGAGGGGGGGCAUUGCUACAACAGAACCCACUUAUUUGAUUGCCAAUGAUCCUCUGUUAGAGCCCCUGUUUUAUAUUGCAUUGUAGAAAUUUUAGUUAUUGGCUUAUUUUGUGUUUUUAUUAACAUUUUUCAAUAUUUCUUGUUAUUUUAUAAAAAGAUAUUUUAGUGCUUGUAUAAAUCGGACCAAAGAUUUUUUAAGUGGACCAAACUUUUACAUUUGUUACCAUUGAAAACAAACAUGUACGAAACAAGUUUAGCGCCUAUGUAGGGAUAUAUUUUGUUUUCUUUACAUGUUAUAUAAAAUUUUGUAUUAAAUGGCAAUGAAUGUAUGAAACUUUUUAUCACAUGCUGCAUUUGUUGCUAAAUAUACUCCAAAUGAACGUCAUGUGAUAAAAGCGAAUAUCGUUACUUUAUAGUGAAAUUACUUCCACUCAAAUAUCUGACGACUUCCUUCUUGACAUAUUGUAAAGGAAAAAAAAUUCAUGAUGCUUGUUAAAACAUUUUAAUUAAGAUCUUUGGAAAUAAUGAAUAAGAAUGAUUAUACGCACAUGUACCGGGUCUGAAUUAGCAUAAUUUCUGAAUUUCCUAAGCAGGGCUUGUUAAAAAAAAUGAUGCCCAAACAUCAGUGCAAAAAAUAUGAGCUUGCUCCCCCAAACAUUUCACUUCAAUAAGGGCUAUUCCAUUUAAACAUAACCCCCGGGGGGUAGGCACCCCCUUACCGAAGCAAAUUUACCCUAGAUGGGUCCAAAUUAGGGAAAAAGGGCGCCCACUUAUAUACCAUUUAAAAAAUUGCCUUCCCCCCGUGGGUUAUAUGUUUUACUGGAAUAGCCCUAACUUUAUGUACAUGUAACUGAUGAUGUUAAGUCCAGAUUGAGAUUGUUUUCAUCUGAUAAAUGUUGUGGCCAUGUUUUAUGCUGUUAUGGCUUAUUCCUACACUGUAUUUCUGUUGUUGUCAAUCACUCUGUUUUAAUUGCCUUAAGAUCAAAUAAAUAUGAAAUAAAUGGUCAAAUUCA